AUGGCAGUGUUUGGGAAAGACAUUGUAGCGGCUGAGCCGGUCAGCUCCAAUGGCAGUGAGCUUGAGACCUCAACCCCAACCAAGGAGAAUCUUUGGAUCCGAUUCUUGAGCUCGAUAGGAUGGUACCGAGCUGGUAUGCCAAGCGAGGAAAAGUUAGUGGUGCUGAAGCUUGACCUAUCCAUUCUCAUAUUCGGCUGUCUGUCAUUUUUCACCAAAUAUCUCGAUCAACAAUCUCUCACCAACGCUUAUGUCAGCGGAAUGAAAGAAGAAAUUGGGCUGUGGGGUGACGAGCUCAACUACAUCACGGCAACAUUUUGGGCGAGUUACUGUGGUGCGAUGAUACCAUGCUGCUACUUCCUAACGAGGUAUCCUGCAAACAUCGUGCUUCCAUCCCUGGAGCUCGGCUGGGGGUUGGCAACGUUGUGUCUAGCGUUCGUGAAGAACGUUGAGGCUAUUUAUGGGUUGCGCUUCUUGGUUGGCCUCUUUGAGUGCUGCUCGUUUACGGGCACUAUUUACGUCAUUGGGUCCUGGUAUCGACCAAGUGAAGUGGGCAGGAGAAUCGCGCUGUUCUUCAUAAGUAGUCCUCUGGGGACAAUGUUCGCCGGAUAUCUCCAAGCAGCGGCAUACACUAACCUCAAUGGAGUUCAUGGGAUGUCUGGGUGGAGGUGGCUGUUCAUUAUUGACGGAAUCAUCACCCUUGGUAUCGCCUUUUUUGGCUUCUUCGUAUUCCCAGACGUGCCUUCCCGCAAGAAGCCAUUGACUCUUAGCAAGGCUGAAUUUGCUAUUGCGCAAAGAAGGGUCGAAGGACUCAGUGCGCCGCCACAACUCCAGCUGUCAGCCAGUAUCUUCAAACGAGUCUUAGGCCGAUGGCAUUUCUAUGCUUUCGUCUCACUCUGGACUCUCUUUGAUCUGAAUAUUCUCCCGGGAGGCCAGCCUUUUUCGCUAUAUCUCCGCGCAAACAGUCCGAAGCUCUAUUCUAUCGUCCAAGUCAACACCUUGCCAACGAUCGUAUCCGCGAUCUCGAUAGUGGCUGCUCUUGUCGCCGGGAUACUCGCGGACAGGCUCGGAAAGUUCUGGAUACCGGCUUUUGCGACAACAAUCCCGGUCUUGGUCGGAAUGAUUCUCCUGAAUGUGUGGCACGUCGGGGAAAGCGGACGCUUGGCGGCUUUCAUGCUUCAGGGGUUCAUCUCUCCUAUGUCGCCGAUGUCGAUGAGCUGGGCAACUACGAUCAUGGCAAACGAUGCCGAAGAGCGAGCUGUCGUAACAGCGAGCAUGAACGCGAUUGGGCAGGGGAUCAUGGCUGGGGCGCAAGUCGGAUUGUUCCCUGCAUCUGGCGCACCUAGAUGGAUCACUGGUUUCAGAAGCAGUGUUGGAACCACAGUUGCACAACUCUUCGUUAUUUUGCUGAUUGUGUACUUGAGCAAACGAGAAGCCAAAUCUCGACUCUCUGAUGAUGGCAAGGAGAAAACGAUUGUGGCAGACCCUCCGAUACUGGAGGAGAAAGUGUAG